AUGGCGGCGGCGGUGCCGGAGUUUUGCUGCAAAUACUGCGACAGAAAGUUCAACAAUAAGCGUGCUUUGGGAGGGCACCAGAACGCGCACAUGAGGGAGAGAGCUAUGGAUCGGACUGUUAAGAAGAGUAGACGCCUCGCUUUCAUGUAUCCAUUUUUUCUUCUCGCCGGCGCCGGCGCCGGCCAGGUGAAUUACCGGUACCAGGCAGCUUCAAUGCCGCCGUAUUUCCUGCCUGGCCUAGCCAUUCCCUCGCCGGAGAUUCCAGCCAGGCCACCGCGCUAUGCUUAUCCAUUUCCACCUGCUGUGCCACUGCCCUGGCCGCCGGUGGAAAAUCAUCCCCCUCAUGCUCAGGUUUUGCCGCCGGCGAUGACUAUCCCCGGCGCCAACACCUUUCCGGUGAGAAGUGUUCCCGCCAAGUUUCCUGUCACCCCAAUGCUUGGCUCCAUUUCUAUCAACUCCAUUCCAAGGAAUACUCCAGAAAUGAUGGAGGGUGGAGAUCAGAACUGGAUAUGA